AUGGUCUUUUUGCCAUUAACAUGUGCUGUGGUCAUCAUCAGCUGCGUUUAUGGAAGACCUCCAUUACCUCCUUUGCCAACGAAAGAUGGCUGCUACCUGGUCGAUCCAGAGGUGGCGAUAUUCAGAGUGGAGGGUGAAGCAGUAAUCCUCUCUUUCCCGAUAUUCAGGCAUGUUCUUGAAGUACGCAACAUUGUCCCCCCAACCGCUGAGUACUCCAUCACCAAGGACAAUGAGACGCAGGGCACAAACUAUCAGGGUGAAGGACGUGUUCAGCAGCAGGAUAACCAGCUGUGGCUCCUCCCAGCUCUGGCUUCAGACUCAGGGGAAUAUACCUGCACAUACAGAAAUGAGACCUACUGCGUAACUGGAAGUAUCAAGCUGCACGUGUACGAGCCCACUUCAGUAGACAUGAAAAAGCUGACGUAUAAAGUGACAGCCCCAGUGGGAAAGGAGCUUACACUGAAGUGUCCAUCUCUGCGUAACUUCAACAAGACGGACAGCGUGAUAGAGUGGUACAAGGACUCCAACACCACUGCUCCUCCACCAGGCAAAGCAGGGUCCUUCCAACAGCACAGAGGCAAACUGAUGAUCCCAGCUGUGAAGCGAACCCAUGCAGGCAUCUACACCUGCAAGCUCAGGGUGCGCAUUAACAGCCAGCAGUACAAAGUCAGCAGAGUCUUUCUUCUCCAUGUGCAAGGCCCUGAUCCUGAGAUCACAACCAAAUCCACUGUGCCUAACUUCUCUGUGACCUCUGACCCUGGGUUAAUCAGCACCAGCACUGUCAACACUCCAAUAGUUCAGCCACCUGUGAUUGUUUCACCACUAAAUGGAACCAUUUUUGAAAGUCCACAUGGUUCAGGACUGGAACUGUUCUGUCAGGUACUCACCGAAUGUCAAACAGCAGAUUCUACUGAGGUCACAUGGUUGGUAAACAGCCAGACAGUAGAGUCAUCGUACCUUGACAAGCGCGCUCUGCAGGGGGGAAGAAGGGUUACCAGGGUGUCCAAAGGCUGCCAGAUUGAGUUGAGGCUAAUUGUUGAACCAAUAACAGAAGAAGACGAGAAGUCGGAGUUAAAAUGUGUCACUCAGAACAAAGGAGGAAGACGAGAAGUUGUUGCACAGCUUCGACUAGAAGACUCCACCUUUACAUGGGUGGUUAUGGCUGCAGGGGCUGUGAUCUCAUUCCUCACAGUGGUCUCUGUCUUUCUCUACAUCCUCUUCAAACCUAGAAGGAAAAAGAACAUGGAUUACUUUCUGGCUCGGCAGAGCAGCACCUUCUAGCUCUGACGCUGUGCACGCUCCCUCA